UCUUAAAUUCACUCACAUAUACAUCGAUCGAGUUAUGGGUGCAAUGACAUCAACAACAAUGUAUAAACCAUCCUUUCACGAGCAUCCUAUUUUCCCUUCAGCUACCUUCGUUACCACCAAAAAAUGUGGAUACUGCCAUAAAAAAGAAACCAUGUACGGUGGCUACUUUUGCAAUGAUCCUAAAUGUAACAGUUGGUUCUUCCAUAAAAAAUGCGUCGAAUUAGCUCUAUUGGAAAUCAACCACCCUUCUCAUCCCCAACAUUCUCUCUUGCUUACAAACAAAUCGGUAUAUCGUCCAUGUGAUUUGUGUGGAGGAGAAAUAUUCCCUCCAUAUUAUAGUUGUUCCACAUGUGAAUUCGAAGUAGAUUUUACUUGUGGGACGAAACCAUCACCAUAUGCUAUCGAACAUCCCCUAUGUCAUGACCAUCCACUUGUCUUUUUGAAGAAAAGAAAAGAGGAAUCCUCUUGUGAAGUAUGCAUGGAGAAUUUCAGUGGGCCGUCAUAUUUGUGUCACGAAUGCAAUCUCUACUUCCACCUGGACUGCGUCAAUCUUUCAGAAGAGGUAAAUCAUCCUUGUCACUCUAAUCAUCCUAUCAAAAUUAUUGCACCCGAAAAUCUCAUGGAUAACGCCGAAAGGAUUUGUUUUUCAUGUGAAAAACAACCUCAAAAAGUGAUUUAUCAUUGUUCCAUUUGCAACUUCAGCAUAUGCCUUAACUGUACUAGAAACCCACCACCCCUUGUAAUUGACCAUACAAGGACCCACGUGCAUCCACUUACUCUUUUUUCCAGAAAAAUGUCAUUUACUUGUGAUGUUUGUGGGGAGGACGGUAAAGGAGGGCCUUACGUAUGUCUUCAGUGUGCUUUUAUUGUCCAUGGAAAAUGUAUCGACUUACCCCGUGUUAUCAACAUCAAUCGCCAUGAGCAUCGCAUUUCUUUCACUCCUCGUCUCGGUGCUGGAUACUCGGAAUGUGGAGUUUGUCGCAAAAGUUUGAAUCAGUACCAUGGAGCUUAUUCUUGCUUUGUUUGUCCAAAAUAUGCAGCUCACUGUAGAUGUGCGGUGGGUUUUGACGUAUGGGAUAUUAUAGAAUUGGAAGGUAUUCCAAAUCAUGAUACCGAAAAUAUUGCACCUUUUAAGGUGGUGGGUGAUGACUCGAUAGAACAUUUUAGUCAUGAAAAUCAUCCUUUAAAGAUCUACAAGAACAAUAUCAUUUAUGAUAAGUGGCUACAAUGUCAAGCAUGUAUUCAUCCACUUGGAUUUGAAUCCAUCUAUGGUUGUGAGGAAUGUGGAUUUUUUCUUCAUGAAAAAUGCGCAAACCUCCCUAGGAAGAAAAGGCUUAUCUUUAAUCCUGUACCACAUUCGUUGGAAGUUGCUAACAGAGUUGUAAAAGACUGCAUGCAUUGUAGAGUAUUAUUUGACGGUUUCAAGUAUACAUUGAAUCAUAUAUUGUUUUACGAUGUACAUUGCGGUUCUCUCAGUGAGCCCUUCAUCCAUGAUGCCCAUUUACAUCCCUUAUAUUUUUAUAAGAGACGGGGUUCCAGUUGUGUUGCAUGCGAGGACUUUGCAGAUGGCGACUAUAUGCUUCGUUGUGAUGCUUGUGACUUUAGUUUAUGCUUUUAUUGUGCUAGUUUGCCUUUAAAAAUAUGGCAUAGGAGUGAUGAUCACCCUAUCACUUUAUAUUGUGGCGAAAAGGUGAGCAUACUAAGUUGGUGCGACAUAUGUGAGAGGGAACUGGAUCAAUGUAAAUGGUUCUAUACAUGCUCUGAUUGCGAAGUCACAUUUCAUACACAAUGUGUAGUAGGAGAUUUCUCACGUCUCAAACCAGGAAAGAUCAUUAUCUAUCAUGAACUUAGAUUUAACGUGGUUCGUAAUAAUAACAGCACUCGGCUAGUAUGCAUCCAAUGCGACUCUAGAUGCAAGGACUCUGUCAUUCUAGAGUCUCGUGAUUUAGAGAAUGGAUACAUCUGUUCCCGGUCAUGUUUAUCCAGCUAUUUGAGGUGGUGAGUGGUUGUAUAAUUUCAUUCGCUUUCUUAUAUAAUUGGAAAACUUAUUUCCAAGGACCGAAAUGUAAUAGAGAGUCAUUAUGUUAUAUAUAUAUGGUAAUAUGGUUCUUAUUAUACUCCAGUAAUUUCUAUGUAUGUAUGUAUGAACGAAAAUGGAUAAUCAACGUUAUCGUAGUUUUGUGAGAGCAUGAUUAAUAAAGUCUCAACCAAAGCAAAUACAUGAAUACUGUUAUAUUCAGACAAAUUCAAUCUUACCAGCUCUACAUAUUUCUAUUUUUACCUAGUGGAUAGUGAUGAUGAUCCGUGUGUGAGAUC